AUGUUACGUCAAUCAAUUAUUAGAUCAAUUAGACCAACAGCUUAUAGAUCAAAUAGAGUAAUUGUCACUAGAAAUUAUGGUAUAGUGAAUGCCACAACUAAAGUACUAUUUGGAGAAAAAGGGGUAAAGGAGAAAGAUGAAAAAGAAGGAGAGAUCAAAAGAGAUCUUGAUGAAGCAAAUUUAGAUGUAGGAAAAAAAUUAGCAAAUGAUAUAAAUGAUGCUCAAAAUGCUGCCCAUGAUGUUUCAAAAGAUGCCGAUACUAUUGGGGAAAAAGUUAAGUCUGCGGCCGAAACUGCUAAUUUGAAAACUGGACGUGUUUUAGCAGAUGGAAUCCAAACUGCACAAGAUGCAGCUCAUGAUGUAACGAAAGAUGCUGACAGCUUAGGAGAUAAAGUGAAAUCAGCAGCUGAAACAGUCAAUUUAAAAACAGGUAAAGUUCUUGCCGAUGCUAUUCAAGAUGGUCAAGAUAUAGUUGAUGGUACAGGUGCUACUACUCAAAAUGUUAAAGACAAAGCAAAAGAAGCAGCUGACACAGUAAAUAAAAAAACUGGUAAUGCCAUAGCUGAUGGUAUCGACAAAACUCAGCAAGCUGCAGACACUGUUAAUAAAAAAACUGGUAAUGCUAUAGCUGACGCUACUGAAUCUGGAGAAAAAGUAAUAAAUAACUUAAAGAAUGAAGAAAAUUUAGAAAAUGAAGAAGAACAAGCUAGAAAAAAAGUUGAGAAAAAUGCUGAAGGUUACGAUAGCUUACAAGAGAAAGGUAGAGAUGUAAAAAAUAUUCAAGGUAGAGUCAGUGAUUUAAUGUAA